AUGAACCCCGAGCUGGCGAUGGAGCCGCUGGGCAGCCUGCACGGGGCGGCGGGGCACGAACCGGAGAUGAUGGGCAGCCCCAGCCCUCACCACGGCGGCCGCAGCGCGGGGCCGCUCCGGGUGCCGCCCCCCCCCCCGCCGCCGCCGCCGCCGCCGCCGCACCAGGAGCUGCCCCCCGCCGCCCGGCCCGCCAUGGUGCCCAGCAUGGCCUCGCUGCUGGACGGCGCCGCCGAGUACCGGCCCGAGCUCUCCAUCCCGCUGCACCACGCCAUGAGCGUGCCCUGCGAGGCCUCGCCGCCCGGCAUGGGCAUGAGCGGCACCUACACCACGCUGACGCCGCUCCAGCCCCUGCCGCCCAUCUCCGCCGUCUCCGACAAGUUCCACCACCCGCACGCCCACCCGCACGCCCACCACCACCACCACCACCACCAGCGCCUGCCGGGCAGCGCUGGCAGCGGCUUCGCGCUCAUGCGGGACGAGCGCGGGCUGCCGGCCGUCAACAGCCUCUACGGGCCCUACAAGGAGGUGCCGGCCGUGGGGCAGAGCCUCUCGCCGCUGGGCAACGGGCUGGGCCCGCUCCCUGGCUCCCAGCAGGGCCUGCACGGCUACGGGCCGCCUGGCCACGACAAGAUGCUGAGCCCCAACUUCGAGGCGCACGCGGCGAUGCUGGCGCGGGGCGAGCAGCACCUGCCCCGGGGGCUGGGGACGCCCCCGGCCAUGCUGCCGCCUUUGAACGGCGCGCACCACCCCGCGCCCCCCGGGCCGCCGCCGCCGCCGCACGGCCCCGCGCUGCCCGCCGGCCGGGAGCGGCCGCCCCCCGCCGCCGGCCCGCAGGGGAGCGGCGCGGGGCAGCUGGAGGAGAUCAACACCAAGGAGGUGGCACAAAGGAUCACGGCGGAGCUGAAGCGCUACAGCAUCCCGCAGGCCAUCUUCGCCCAACGCGUGCUGUGCCGCUCCCAGGGGACCCUCUCGGACUUGCUGCGGAACCCCAAGCCUUGGAGUAAACUCAAGUCCGGCCGGGAGACGUUCCGCAGGAUGUGGAAGUGGCUGCAGGAGCCGGAGUUCCAGAGGAUGUCUGCCCUGCGGCUAGCAGAAAGCUUUCCACGUUCUUCCGCAAUAAGCAGAGCGGGAUGUUCCGGCAGAGCCCUGCUGGCAGAUGCCACCACUCCUCACCGACACGCAGUUGUUGUAACCCAGGCGCCGAGUACACCUGCAUUCCUCAGUCCAGAGGCAACAAGGGGUAUGUGAGGCCAUGGCAAGGGCACAGCGGGGCUGGCACAAGCUGCUCCAGCUGGCUGGAAUUUGCCAAGGUACUUGUAUUAUGAAAUUUAAGGUCUAUUUUAUUAUGUCAUUUUAUGUCAUUUUUUAACUUUGUGGAAGGUGGUAUGUUGAACUGAGUGUAAGCUGAGUUUUUCAGACAAAUAAAGUAGCUAAAGAGUGAAUGUUAUUUUAUCAUUAAAGGGUUUUUACUCACUGAUUUGUGCCAAUAGAUGUCCUUUAUCUCAAUGACAAGUAUUACAUUGCUUUCGAAGUUUUAUUUAUAGCUAUUGAUGUAAAACCCACACACACAUAUUAUUUGCCAAAGUUCAAUAAAGGAGGAAAACAAUG